UCCGCUGGCAUUCCAACGAUGUUUUACUUAAGAGUGUACCUGACCGCGCUAGAAUUGAAGGCUGGAGAGUUUAGUUGAAAAAUAUCAACGCCGGUGUACGGGACUGAUGUUUGAGAGGCGGUGAGACACGUGCGCCCCACGAAACACCCAAAACCCUUCUCUAUUUCUUCUCCUAACUCGUCUUCGUUACACAUAAAAUUGUUGUUAAUUUAAAUUUUUCUUCCAAUUUUAUUUAUUUACUUUUUAAUCGGCCGAUUAAGUUACGGUUUAGAAUUUAAAACGCUAAACAUCGCGCCCCUCGAGACGACCUGACUGCAGUGUGUGAUCUUGUGAUUGAUUCCGCACCGGAAGUAUGUUUGUUUCAUCGUCGGGACCCAGUUAAUGAGACAUCAUGGGUACGCAAUUCCGAGUGAUUUUGGAUUCUUAAUCAAAACACAUGGUGAGCGAGAAGAGCCCCCCAUUUGAGAUGCGCGGGUCAUGCGCCCCGGCUUGUGUACGGUGAGCGCCCCAUUGGCCGCGUGCAGCCCCGUAGCAACGCUACCACCGGCGGCCCGCUUCUUGGCGCUCCACCUGCUGCACCAGCAAACGCUCUACUUUAUCGUACAAGUUAAGAGCAGGGUUCGCGAACUUUACCAGCAAACAUGUCAUCACUUCGCCCAACAGGGAAUGCUCGAUACCGACCUCUUUGGUCUAGCACUCAUCUGUGAUGGAGAAUAUCUUUUUGCUGAACCCGAUAACAAGUUGUCAAAGUAUGCGCCAAAGAGUUGGAAAUCAUCGCACAGUCAUGGGCUGGAUGCGAACGGAAGACCAGCGCUCGCGUUCUACUUCCGCGUCCAAUUCUACGUGGACAGUCCCCUGCUCCUGCGGGACGAGACAACCCGCCACCAUUACUACCUCCAGCUGCGCCUUAACGCCGCGUCCGGCGCUGCGGGGGAUCACGUUACCCGCCUCGCAGGGCUUGCCCUUCAGGUCGACCUCGGCGACCGUACCGAGAAUACCAUUUUUCGGCCGGAGGACUAUGUCCCACCUGGACUUCGGGAACCGGCUGCACUUCGAGCCAUCGAGAACGCCCACAGAAACUAUAGGAAUUUAUCCAAAAAUGAAGCUAAAAAUAGAUUUAUAGCGGAAGUUUGUCAAUUACAAGAUCCCGUAAACGCUCAUGUCUUUAGACUACGAGCAUCGAAAGCCGAGGUGGCCCCCGGAUCUAUAAUGUUAGCAGUGUGCGCAAAGGGUCUUCGCGUGUGCCCUGAUAAUAACCCACCGUCGACGUUCCUAUGGAGUUCCAUUGCAAAAUUAAGCUUCGAAAGGAAAAAGUUUGAGAUCCGUACCAACCACGAAAAGCUAACCCUUUACACGACGUCGGAUGAAAAGUCGCGACUGUUGCUCGCUUUAUGCAAAGCGGCCCACCAAUUCAGUAUGGCCGUCGCUCCACGGUUGAGUGAGGCGAAGAAGGAAGAGGAAGAACGGCAGCGCUGGGAUUGCGACCAAAGAGUCUCCGUCAUCUCCAGCACCUCGUCAAACACGACUUCGGGUAUCGUUAGCGAUCGUGUUCACUCCGAGGACGAGCUCGAGAUCAUGAUCACCAGCCCCCCGGCGCCUUCUACCGAGAGUUUAGCUCUUGCUCAUCUUCUUGAAAGCGCCCCCGCCAGCAGUCGAACAUCAGCGGCAUCCGCAACUGCCGCGCUGGCUUCUAUUUCUUUAAAAGACGAGGAAUCGGAGAGUAGCAAACAGGAUAAUAGCGAAAGUUCUACGAAGACGACCACUAGCAUUAAAUGCGCUGGUUCGCAAUGCAGCUCGUCUUCUGGAACUGUCGUUGUUUCUCCAUUACAAACAAAACCAAAACGGAGACAUUCAACCAGUAGCAGCCUUGAAUUGGGCUAUUCCCAUACAGCCCAAAACUCAGCAGUGAGCGACGCAACGUGCACCGAGCUGGAUGACAUCCGCGAGCCUGAUUACACAGCCGGCCCGGCCCCCAGCAGCCACACUAGCGGCGUGUACACUUUGACAUCAAGCGAGCAGUAUACCACGUCUUUAAACGAACAAUACGCGAUUCCUAGCGAAUUUUCACCUGAUCAAGUUGACGGUCCUUUUCGAGAUCGUCUCAAUUCGAACGUUAGCAAUUCCGGUUCUUUUCACGGCGACGGUAGCGAUCCCACCGAUAAUAAACAGUCUCUUCUAACAGCCGAAGAAUUAUCCGAUUUAAUUGUAGGAAGGUAUCCACUUUGUAAAAGCGUAAGCAACACUUUAGAUUCUGAUUCAGAUUAUGUUACGCUUCCAUCUACUUAUUUGGGUUACGCACCUAUACCGCCGAAACGAAUUGAUAGUGUCGAAUCGAGAGGGGUUCGACCACCACCUCCACCGUACAGUGCAACAUCAAGUCAUGAUUUUGGUAUGAAAGAUCCACCACCGUAUCCGGAAAAUAUUACGACAGUACCGACACCGGUAUAUCCGUCGGAAGAAGCAGCGGCGAGGUUUAUAACAACAAGACCGCCAAGUAUAUUAACAGCUCACACUUGUGUCGUGAGUUCUACACCAAGCUACUCAAGUCCGAAUCAGUCCCAGGUGCCGCCAAUUCCUCCAAAACUCCCACGGAAUCACGGAAGUAAUUAUUUGGACGUAAACACAACAAAAUCUAGUAGUUUGAUUUUUCCUUAUAGUUUCUUACCACCGCCUCCUCAAACUCCGAGACAACCUCCUCCUCCACCUCCGAUGGCAACCGUUUACACCAGCCAGUUAUCGCAAUCACAAAUCGAACAAUACCAACAACAGAUGUAUAGUGACGUAGAUUUCGUAGUUUUUCCUUUAAAAGAACCGGCGAUCAGUCGACAAGAAUACCUCGAAGCGAAGCAAGGUUCUUUAUUAGCUGCUUUAGCACACACCCCCCCACUUUUAUACAGAUCAACCCCUUAUCUUCCAAAAUACGCAUCAUCUCAAAACCUUUCCGACACAUACGUACAGCUUCCCGUUUAUGGAGCACCCAGCAUUUCUUCAAAUGGAAGUUUUGAACCUCCACCACCCAGACCACCUAGUAGAUUCACCAGAACACGAUCCGACGAUAACAUUUUAAAUUCAUUAGAAACACCUCAACCCCCAAAAUUUAGAAGACAACCUCCCCCUCCACCGCCUCCUCCAUUACCCGAAAAACGUCCCGAUUUACUCGUUAAAUUAAAAGAUGGCACUGAUUCCAAGGAAGCUAUGGACAUUCACACGUUACGCGAGAAAAGCAAAAAAAUGGAUUUGCCGCUUAUUUCGGCUUUAUGCAACGACAGGUCGUUGAUUAAACAAACGAAAGCUUUUGUAAUGCCGAAACAUCAUACGGAAUUAACCCCGAGGAUGCCGUCAAGUUCAACGAAGGCCAAGUAUCCAGUUUCCGGUUUGAGCAGUACGAGAAUUAAUAAGCCGACCAGAAAAGCUCCAUCAGUUAGUCAUCGACAUCCAGGGGAUAAACUACCUGAAUUACCGAGGGAAAAAGUAAACAUUCCCAGAGCCACACCGAAUAAUUACGUAUUAACCGAUCCGAGGUUAAAACACAAAAUGCAUUCCCAAUCGUAAAAAAAAUAUGAUAAAAAAGGUAUUAAUGAAGAUUACAUUAUAAGAGAAAUUUUUAUUACAUUCCAAUGAUAGAACUUUUUCCUUUUAAUAUGUUUAAUUUGUUGGAAAUAAUCCACUUUUACAUUUUUCAAUCUUUUAUUGCGUUUAUUUCUUACGAUUUUCUGUUUGAUGAUGAACAAUUUGAUGUUAUUGUAAAGGGUAAAUUAAUAGCUGUAUUAAUUUAAGAAAUAAAGAAGUAAAAUUUGUAAAAGUGAUCCAACUACGACGUUGACUCAGGGUGCCAUCUAUGCAAUAUUAUUUUUUUACUUAAAAAUUUUAGAUGUUUAGGCUUCUUUCUCCCUUUUUUUUAUUUUACUUAAAUAAAUAGACAUUCGAGCAAUCGAAAAAUAAUAAUUUUUUCGGUUCUGAAAAAAGAAUCGAUGAUGAAAGCAAUUUUUCGAUUGCUCGACUUCAAUUUCUGUUCUACCCCUUAAGUACAUGUACAUAGCGUUUUUGAUAAGAAGUAUUUUUACCAGUACGUUAAACUACAUCUUAUCAUUAAAUUGUAUACACUUGCUCAACUGUUUUUUUUAGAACAUAACAAUAUGUUUUAUUUAUUUUUUUGAUACUGUCAGAUGAUUAAAAUCGUAUAGGAACGCUUCAAACAAGUGUAUGGUGCUGCCACAGUCAAAAUAAAGCAUAAGUACAACAAAAAGA